GGUCUACUAUUGCCUUAUCUUCUGCAUAUAAUUUUAUCAGCAUAUUAAUAUCAUUGCGGUUUUUAAGUCAAUGGUAAUUCCAACUAAACGUGCGUCCGUUGACGCUUUCAUUUAUUUUCCAGCUACAAAAGAGAUCUUCGUCAUUUUCUGCGACCAGUCGAGUUGGGAUUGUCCAGUUGAAUUAAGUAUACGUUUAUAACAAAAUGAUUGGGUUUUACGUGUUUGUAACUGUGGUUCAAGUUCUGACACUUUCAGGAGUCACAAAUGCGCAAAGUGAAAGGCUCAACGUCACAGUAUACUACGAGACCCUUUGUCCGUUCGCCAAAAAGUUUAUUGUGGAACAGUUGCAUCCUCUUCUUCAUAGCGAUUUAUCACCUUACAUCGAGCUCGAACUGAUUCCGUAUGGGAAAGCAAAGACCGAAAAGAAAAACGACACUCACUUCGAAUUUACCUGUCACCAUAAAGCUGCAGAGUGCUACGGUAACAAAAUUCAAGCCUGCGCACUCGUUCUGAUCGACUUAGGAGCCAAGACUGAAAAUUUGGGUUUCAAUAGAGAAACUGUAGAUUUCAUAGCAUGCCUCAUGAAAGAUUUAACACAGAAUUCUACUAUAGACGAGAUUAAAAUAGCAACAGAGAAAUGUUCCCCAUCAAAAAAAGACACAAUACUUAGUUGUGCCGAUGACAAGUUAGGUAAGUUGGAACAUCCAUUUUCAGUGUUGUUUGUAUUUGAGGAUGAAUUUAUAUUAGGAGGAUGAGAUUAUAUUAGGUUU